AGCAGUUGAAAAGGUCCUAGCUAGCUGACCCUCCCAUUGCCUCUGACACAUGUCUUUCUCCAUUCUGUCCCUAACUAGCAAGUAUUGGUACAGCAUCGAGAUUGCUUCAUAUAGUCUUGUGGCCCCCACGCAAAGGCCCUUAAACAAAGUGUGCUCUCUGUGUUACAUUUCCUUAUUUGUGUUUAUGCUAUUAUUUUUUAUUUUUUUUAAAGGUUAUUGCUGAAGAAUUUGGCAUGGGAGGCGGGCCAAAUGUAGCUAAACCUAUAUGUCACGCAUUAGCUGGUAAGUAAAAUAUUUUGUGAUGUAAGUGUGCCAUAUUCAUCUUGAGCAACUCACAUGUUGAGCCAGAUUUUGUGUAAUGAUUAAUAUAACUCUGCUAAUCUAGCUUCAUUGUAUUAAGUAUUUGAAUCAUAAAGAUGCUUUAUCAAGUAAACUUAAAGAAACACUGUCAUUUUUGGAGUCUCUGCACUUUUCUCCCAGCAAAACCCCACUAUGUGGCAUGUUUGCUUAUCUGUUAAGGAGAUAUACUUCCCUUAAGCUGUCUUUUCUUGGCAAGAUCAUCCGAUCACUGUUAUCAUCUUCGGCUCCUGGCAACUUCAUCUGUCAGGAGCAAACCUCACUCUUGUACUCUUUUGCUUCCACAAGAGUGCAAAAUGGAGUUUAUGGAAAAUCCUGUAAGACCAUGGUAUAAUCUGUAAAUGAUCUUGUGCAAUAAACCAGAUGCAUCUAUUGCACAUCACACAAGAUGAUGCUUGCUCCCAUCCGUCGUCAUGGCUGAUGGGAAAUGGAAAAGGCAGAAACUCCAGUCUUUUGUCAAAGAAUGCCAAACUAUAUGGUUUAAUUGCUUUGGAAUCUCAAGAAAUUCAAACACAACUAAAGGGUUUUUCUGUCGUCAUGGCUGAUGGGAAAUGGAAAAGGCAGAAACUCCAGUCUUUUGUCAAAGAAUGCCAAACGAUAUGGUUUAAUUGCUUUGGAAUCUCAAGAAAUUCAAACACAACUAAAAGGUUUUUCAGAAAGAUCCAAUGCUUAUAAGAAACUCAAUAGUAACAGAGCUGUUUUAAACAUUGCAGAUUGACUUACAUCUUUGAAAAGCUUCCAUAUAGGUCUUACACAAAUGGUAACAUCAAUGCAUUAUGUAAAAUAUGUUUUCUUAAAGGAUUGCUUUGUUCGAAUGAUCCUGCUUCCUUUCUGUUGCAUCAGAUGUCAAAUGAAAUCAUAAAGCCGAUUUGGCUUUUAGCAGGAAUAAAAAAUGAACAUUUAAUUUCUUGUGUACUAUUUAAUCACCUAUGGUUAUACAUAAUAUGACCGACCGAUGAACCUUCUGAUACAAUUAUUUUUUUAUGUGCUAGACCAAGAGGGUUUUUAAAAAUAAAACCUCCAAAUAUCCUAAUAUAUUUUUAUUUAUUUAUUGUUUUUUUAAAUUUUUUUAUUUCAUUAGCUUAAUGAAGGUGCAUGUGUACAGAUAUAUGCAUUUGUCCGGGAAUACGAUUUAUUGGAUUGUAAGUAAUGCAUGGUUAGGAACAGGCGUUCAGUUUGUCAAACUUCCAUAUAACUAGUUGUACUGCCAGAACUUCAGCAGUGAUUAAAAUAAUAUGGAGCUAGGUAUUUGACUUGUGCACUUACAUUUCUUUGGGAUUGCAAGAUUCUUUUUGAGCAGGUCACUCUAAAUACUGAAAUAAAGGCUUAAAUAUUUUUCUGUAAUCAGGUAAAAGGCCAGCUCCAGCACAAGCCAUGCCAUCUCCCUCCCCUGCCCACAAAAUCACCAAACCAGCCGCUAAGUACGGAGUGCCUUUAACAAAAUCAGCGGAUGCUUUAAAAAAGCACCAUGACCGGAAGCCACAGAUCAGACACAGACAGGUGAGCACAUUUGUUAAUAGUGACUGUAAAACAAACCGGAUCACCUCUAACUAGAGCUACAUACAUCUUGCUUAAUGAACUGUUGCUAUUUCCAUGCUGUUCCAGAGUCUGUGAAAGGGACUACAAGUGUUACAGGGUUGAGAACGAGAGCUGUUCCAGAUUCCACUGUACUUGACAGUGUUCUGGUGUAAGCCUAUGUGACAAUGCCUGUUAUUGGCAUAUGCAAAUAUUACUAGUUUAUAUUACAAAUAUUAUGCAAAUAUUACAUGCUUUUAGACAUUUUAGUGGUAAAUAGGGGAACCAGCAGCGGUUACAUGUCCUUUAUUUUUUAUUUAAGAAAGUCUGGUGGAAAAAACACAAUAUGAAUGUAUGAUGUGUGCCUUGUAUAUAAUUAAAGUACUUCUUAUAUUUCUUACCCCCCUUUUAUUGCAUUUCAGACAUAGUACAAAAACUGAACAUAUAAAUUUAUUUCUUUACAUUGUGAGUCAUUUGAUUAAAGCUCCAGUCUGCUGUUUACUGCCAGGGAUGUGUUUCAUGGCGUUACAUGUUCUCUGAAAAUUACUUUAUCCAUGGGCAGACUUAAGUUUGCUUUUUUUUUAAAAAAAAAAAAUUUUUUUUUUUUUUUUUUUAAUUCUUUAUUUUUCACUUGGCAGGAAAAACAUUAACAUGCCAACGACAAUCUGGCUUGUCAGAUUUUGCUUAUGGCUGAUUCACACCUCGUACUUUCCACCGAGGGUUUAUAUAUAUUUUUUUUUUUGUACGAGCAUUCAAGCAUAUAUUAAGACUUUCAUUUUAAGAAUUCCCUUGAGUUUCAAGGGAGAGAGAAAUGUAGAGGGAAAAAAGGAAAAAUAGGAGAGAGAGGAAAGGGGGGGCGAGGCCAGGGGGACAAGCGACCCAUCUCCACGCUACUCCAGAGCUCGCUGGGGUCCACUCAUCUCCUCUGUGUCAUUUUCUUCCGUAUCUCUCUCUUUCGCCCUUACUCCCCUCCCGAGCCCACUGUUUAAGUUUGCGUUUAUUGUAGUUUAUGUUAAUAUGGUAUUUUAUACCAGUAUUUGCCAGUACGGUUUAUCUUUUGUUUACACAGGUUUCAAUAGUCCCUAGAGAUCAUGUGAUUACAUAAAAUGAUGCUUAACAUUGUAUUGCAUUAUUGAAGAGAAGUUUCAUUUGGUCCAUAAAUGUGUCUAGUGAAAUUCAAAAACUAUAUCAAUCUCGAUAUCCUUUAAUCUGUGAACUAUAUAUCUCAUGAAACUCUGCAUCUUGUCACCCUGUUGUUUAACUGUCAUGUAACUGUGCCUAGCAAGAUACAUUAUAUAUAUAUAUAUAUAUAUAUAUAUAUAUAUAUAUAUAUAUAUAUAUAUAUAUAUAUAUAUAUAUAUAUAUAUAUAUAUUGUACAGCAAGGUUAGUUGUCUUAGUUUUUUUUUUGUUUUUUUUUUACAGCUGCCUUUCUAGAGUAUAUUGAUUGAUGUAGUUGAUUGCCCAAAAACUGUUCAUAUAUAACCGAAAAAGGGCUAAGUUCUAAAAUUGUUCAGAACUGGCAUCUUAAACUUUUCUUUAAAAUACCAAGGUUUCUUUAAAGUUUUGAAAUGUUCUUAUCUAAUUUGUAGUUUCGCUUUUUGUUCAGGCUCAACAUGUACCAAUGAAGAAAGUGAAUCCAGUAGAAGAAAGGAGGAAAUUGUUUGAGGUACAAAGUUGUCCCUCCUGCUUCCUUCAAGCUCAAGAACUAAUUUUAACCCUAUGCUGAGCUGGAGGGUCCUGAAAAUGCAUUUAUAUGGUGCAGGCUGUUCUAGCGCUGACCUCUUUUAUAUAUAAAUGAAAACCUUCAAACCUUUCCUCCUUGGUUCUUCCCAGUCAUGCCUUCUAACCAAGUUUCUGUUGCUGACCUGUGAUUUCACUAACCUACCUGUCUGAGUGUGGCCUAGCACAGUGUGUGCUUAGUAAUAGGAGUUUAAUAUCUUGCAGGAUCCAGGUAAGAAAAAGAGACUUGACAUGAGACAACUCGAGAAGGAAAAAAGACAGAGGGAGCAGGUACGUCUACUGCCGCUUUGUGAAAAUCAACCUUUAUUUGAUAUUGAUGUUUUGACUUCAUUUUUUAAAUAUUUUCAUCUAUUUCAGAUGAAUUUGCUGAAGGCUGAACAAUUGAGAAGAUUAGAAAAAGAGCGGGUAUGAUGUUAUUACUAACUGUCUUCCUUCACAUCACAUAUUACUGCUAACUUAGUUUGGGUUCAGUAAAUUUUAACCGAAAUACAUUUCCUCUUGACACUUAAAGGAACAUAUACAAAAUAUAAACUCUAUACUUUAUUUAAACCUGUAAAAAUUUCUGCUCUUCUCUUAUUUUGAAUCCAUGAAAGGGUUUAAAUCUGUUAGAGUUUCUGCAGCUCCAAAGCACUCCCUUUCACUUUGAACUACAGUUCAAAUCUAGUGUGGUAGGAAACCCUCCUGGCUGUCUGCUUGAUGGCCAUGAGGUGUUACUACAAGACCCUUAGUAAGGACGUAAGUCUAAAGAGAUUUAUAAAAUUCUUAUUUUACUUGAAAUCCACAAAUCUGCAAAAUAAGCAUGUAUGGACAUGCAGUUAUCGCCUAAAGCCUUUCGGAAAACUCAAAAUGAAGAUGUUUACAUUACUCUAUGUAUGUUGGACAUGCAUUCUGUUUUUAUUUUUUUUAUUUUCUUGUUUUCUACACAUGUAGAGCUCUGCUCUGCCUACUCUCAUACACUGUGUUUAGAGUAACUAGUAUCCAGCACAUACAUUUGUUUGGUUAAGGAUUCCUAAAAUGUGACCAUCCAAGACUGCUUAUUCACUAAAUGGUGUCUUGAAAACCCAGUGGCAAAUAGCAGUAUAUGGGGAAAAAAAAUAUUUGUAAUUUCUGUGGUUGUCACUGAAUUCCACUGCAAUUCUGCGUCAUUAAGUUUGUGCAUUAAUUCAUGAAUUCUUUAUGGAUGUGCUAAUAUACACAUGUUGCUUAUUUAUUUAAUUUCAAUAACCUGCUGUUUAGUUGUAACCUACAUCCAUUUUCUUAACCAACAUACAAUCCUGUAAUUUUCAAAGGUUCAACACAGCCCACCGCCUGGUCCCCAUUGGAGGUAUGGCUAAGCAAAGUUAAAUUUAGUCUAAGCCAUAUCAACUCAUACCAGUGAUAGGCACAUGUGAUAGGCUAAGAUUGGUCAGCUGACACUCUCAGCCAGUCACGGUUGCCCUUUGCUGCUUGAGAUAAUGCAGAAGCAUCAGCUGAGUAGCAAUGAGGGGCCGGGCUGUGGGUAACUGACGGUUCUCAUUCAGCGAUAAGGAAUUAAAAAAACUUUUUAUCUGAACAUUGGGAUGGUGUGUGGAAACUCUAGUGGUUAUGGUGCCUAGAGUGUGCUUUUAACCUGAUACAAAAUGCAAAACUACAAAACAAAUUUAUAUUUAAAGUCACAGUCCCUAAAACAACAUUGGCUUAAUGAACCAGUUUGUGUAUAGAUCAUGCUUCUGAAGUCUUACUGCUCAAUUCUCUGCCAUUUAGGGCUUAAAUCACCUUUAUUUCUCUUUAUGCAGCCCUAGCCACACAUCUGGCUGUGACUAACACAAAAUGAAAAGCAAAAUGGUUUUAUUUUCAAUCAGCUGUUAAAAACUUUUAAAGUAAUUUUCUCUCCUGCUCUCUGAAUUUUUCUUUAAUCACACACUGGAGGCUACUGCAGGGUCUAGCAAGCUAUUAACUGAGCAGAAGAUGAUAAAUUCUAAAUUAAACAUAGUUUACAAUAAAGUGUAAACAUUGGAUUAUGUUUUACAGGAAAUGUUUAGGAAGGCUGUACAAGUCACAUGCAGGGAGGUGUGCCUAGGGCUGCAUAAUCAAAGUGAUUUAGCUCCUAAAUGGCAGAGAAUUGACCAUUGAGACUGCAGGGGCAUGAUGUAUACACUAAAACUUGUCCAUUAAGUGAACGUUUUUUGUUGUUGACUGUAGUGUCCCUUUAACCCCUUAAGGACACACGACAUGUGUGACAUGUCAUGAUUCCAUUUUAUUCCAGAGGUUUGGUCCUUAAGGGGUUAAACCUAUAACAACGUAUGUCUCAUUUUCUAAUUUAUUUUAUACUUCUCCCAGGUUACCAAUAGUUGAGAGUAGGAACUGGAUAUUUGCUUGGCUGCCAUCAUGAAGUAAUGGCAAUACAGUGGGACCUCGGUUUACAAACGACUCGGUUAACAUAAUUUUCGGUUUACAAAUGAAAAUCCAUUGAAAAUAAUGCCUCGGUUUACAAUUUUAUUUGCAAUACAAGGCAAGUUUCCCCAGGAUGCAUUGCACCUGGGAGGUUUAUAGCACCGCCCCCCGCAUGCUGGAGCCAGUGGGUAGCACGUGGCAUCGAGUGUGGAGGUGUUGGAGCGGCUUUUGCAUCGAGUUUUGGAGGCCUUCUGGAAAUAGUUUGCAGUUGUUUUGGGACUUUUUGGUGCAUUUCUCAAGCUGUGGAAAGGUAGGGAGCUGAGCUUUGUCAUUUGCCUCCUUUUAUUGUGUGUUCUGCAUUGUGGGUGGGUUUCCAUGCCAGCUCAUUUUGACUUUAUGACCUCCAGAAUGGAUUAAUUGGUUUUCAAUGCAUUCAUAUGGAAAAAGCGCUUUUCGAUUUACAUAUUUUUCGCAAUAAGAAACGUUCCGGAGAACGCAUUAAAUUUGUAAACCGAGGUCCACUGUAUGUGCAACAUGCAAAAAUGAGAAAUGUAGAAUGAAUAGGUUAUUUUCUUAGUGUCCAUAUUUUUUGUGCUUUUCUUUAACCCUUUAAAUUCUUAACACUUAAAAUAUCAAAUUUAGCUGAAAGCAAUCAAAAGCAGGCCAUUCAGCUGUUUAAUUUUAGCAUAGUUUAAUGACCAUGCUUGUCUGCAGUCUAGUAUUACUGUUCAUGCUACAAUGUUCUGCUCUCCAUUCCAUUUUUUUUUUCUUUCCUUUCAUGCCAUUGUCUGUUUUAAUUGCUUUGUUUUAUCAGUAGAUCCUGAAUAGUGAUGUCCCGAAUGGUUCGCCGAACGGUUCGCCGCGGACUCAUCAUUGAGUAAACUUUGACCCUGUACCUCACAGUCAGCAGACACAUUCCAGCCAAUCAGCAGCAGACCCUCCCUCCCAGAUCCUCCCACCUCCUGGACAGCAUCCAUUUUACAUUCAUUGUGAAGCUGCAUUCUUAGUGAGCUGUCCAGGAGGUGGGAUGGUCUGGGAGGGAGGGUCUGCUGCUGAUUGACUGGAAUGUGUCUGCGGACUGUGAGGUACAGGGUCAAAGUUUACUCAAUGAUGAGUCCGUGGCGAACUGUCGGCGAACCGUUCGGGACAUCACUAUUCCUGAUAAAUUCAAUCUUAUUCUAGUUCUAUAAUUCAGACCCAAAUUUAUCAGGAGUCGGGUAUUGUGUAACAUACAGCUUUUAGAUUCCACUGAUCACUAAACUACAUUAUACCCAUUGAUAACACGACAUCCACAUCACAAACCAUAUUCCUCUGCAUGUAGGUCUAUACAAUGAGGCCCUGUACCUUACAUCCUUAUGUCUAUGAUCUCUGCUACUUAUGGUUGGUGUAUAAUAAAGAACAGCAAAUCUUCAUAGACAGAUGUUUGAAGCUUCCAAGGUCCAUGAGAUGGGAGAAGUUGAAGCUUCUUCAUGUCCUGUUACUUAUUGGUUUGGUUAGCUCAGUAGAACGAAACUCAGGAAGCAGAAAAUUGCCUAGAUCAUCUGACCUGCACAGGCUUCUCUUUGUGCUGCAUUGGGAAGUCUAUAAUUGGACAGUCACAGAAAGUCUGGGCAGGAUUAGAAGGGGAGGGCUUGCAAAGCCAGCAGGCAGGAGAUAUGCAGUCUUUGCUAACUGUUUUUAGAUAUAAUUAAUGCAUAAUUAAAGGCAUGCAAGUAUUCAUUUGGGAUAUAUCUAGUAAACAGUGAAUUUUAUUUUUCAUUUGGGCAAUAGAAGGCUUUGCCUCUAUUAGAGGCUGUUGUGUCCUUAACUCUUGCAGCUUGCCUUUAGUAAAUAUCUAAUGUCCCUCUCCAAUAAAACUGUCAGUGGUGUCAGGAAGUGUCAUUGCCAUGAAGGAUGUCUCUGAAGUCCAAUACUCAUUAUUCUGUUUAGUUUAACACUUUAAUUAGCAUUUGUACGUGGAAGCUAGUUGAUAUUUUUCAUUUUUUAUUUUUUAGGAUGCUUUUCUAGGUUAACACCACUAGGUGGUACUGGUACAUUACUUAUUGGAUCCACAUCAUUUGUGUCCGGUUUUUUUUAUUCUUUGUAAUUUUACAAAAAAAGCCCAGGAGUUAGAGCUUGAUUGUCACCAGUUUGGUUCCAACAAAGUCAGCUUGUCCUUUCACUUUUCUGAGGAUCAAUAAAAUUUAUAUAAUUUAACUGUAUAAUAAAAAUAUUUAGAACCCAGAACAUGCUUGUUAUCUAGCAAAAGCUAAAUAUAUCCAUCUUGGUGAAAUACUUUUUACAUUGUUAUUACAUCCUGUUUUGGUGCACUAAUCAUUGACAUGCACUCUAAUCAUUUUAGUGGCUCCUAUUUGUCCUCACAAAAUAUGAAUUGACUGUCGGUUCAUGUUAACAUGCUAAUAUUUGAUUAUAAUCAGAGAUCAGACCAUUUGACCAAGUCUCUACGCCCCUAUUUGAAUCUGAAAGCAUUAGCUUUGAUGGCACACUAAUUAAAGGGACACUCCAAUGUCCAAAUAUAAAAAAUAAAAACACUCCAAACAGCUUUCAUAAGUUCCAGAUUUCUUGUCUGCUGCUUUUGCAAGCCCCCUUUCUUCCUCAACCCAGGCUCUCUGUGGCUGUCUAAUCACAGACAAACAUAGAAACAUAGAAUGUGACGGCAGAUAAGAACCAUUCGGCCCAUCUAGUCUGCCCAAUUUUCUAAAUACUUUCAUUAGUCCCUAGCCUUAUCUUAUAGUUAGGAUAGCCUUAUGCCUAUCCCACGCAUGCUUAAACUCCUUUACUGUGUUAACCUCUACCACUUCAGCUGGAAGGCUAUUCCAUGCAGGCUAUUCCAUCUUACCCAUAUAGUCCACCCUUCAACUAUUGGCCUAAGUAUCUUUAGACCUUUUUUUUUUUUUAGUCGUUUUCUUUUUGGUCUAUUCCAUGCAUCCACUACCCUCUCAGUAAAGUAAUACUUCCUGAUAUUAUUUUUGAACCUUUGUCCCUCUAAUUUAAGACUAUAUCCUCUUGUUGUGGUAGUUUUUCUUCUUUUAAAUAUAGUCUCCUCCUUUAUUGUGUUGAUUCCCAUUAUAUAUUUAAAUGUUUCUAUCAUAUCCCCCAUGUCUCGUCUUUCCUCCAAGCUAUACAUGUUAAGAUCCUUUAACCUUUCCUGGUAAGUUGUUGGGUUUUUUUUUUUAAUCCCGCAAUCCAUGAACCAGUUUAGUAGCCCUUCUCUGAACCCUCUCUAAGGUAUCAAUAUCCUUCUGAAGAUACGGUCUCCAGUACUGUGUACAAUACUCCAAGUGAGGUCUCACCAGUGUUCUGUACAAUGGCAUGAGCACUUCCCUCUUUCUACUGCUAAUACCUCUCCCUAUACAACCAAGCAUUCUGCUAGCAUUUCCUGCUCCUCUAUUACAUUGUCUGCCUACCUUUAAGUCAUCAGAAAUAAUCACCCCUAUAUCCCUUUCCUCGUAUGUUGAGGUUAGGACUCUAUCAAAUAUUCUGUACUCUGCCCUUGGGUUUUUACGUCCAAGAUGCAUUAUCUUGCACUUAUCCACAUUAAAUGUCAGUUGCCACAAUUCUGACCAUUUUUCUAGUUUACCUAAAUCAUUUGCCAUAUGGCUUAUCCCUCCUUGAAUGCUGCUAAACUUCCCAAUGCUGCUAAAUUUGAAGUUGUUGCAAGGCAGGUUCUCUGGGCAAUUGCCUUUGAGUUUAGCUCCACUGAGCUAAACAAACCAGGAAGUAACAGAACCUGUUGUUUUGACAGCCAGUGGGUGUAGCAAGGUUCUCAUUGCUGCCAAAUUUGGGCUCCAGCCUCCCGAUCGGCACAGAACACCCACACAAGAACUCCAGAGCUCUGUGUCAAAAGGAAAGUAUAUGAAAGACCAGGCUUGGCAGAAAAACUGGAAUAUAGGAUACAUACACGACAAGGGGCAUAUCAGUCAGCCAGCGGACACCCAACUGCGCUCCUCUGGACCAUAACCCUUCCACUACGUGCGGUACUGAAGAUUACUUUGAAAGAAACGAGAAGUUUACAUUUCAACUCCAACAUCUCUAUCAGUUGAGGUACUAGAAGAGUUUAAGUUCCAGUCAUAGUAUAUCUUUUGCAAAGGAGAGCUUUCAACCAGGAGGUGUGAAAUAUGUUGAGAAUGCACAUUUAUGUUGGUAUAUUCAAGGCGUACCAUACUUCGUUGAUCUUACUUAGAUUUCUCAAAGCACCAAUGAACUGACGUGCAAAUUUCAUAGAAGGAACUUGGAGAUUGAUAUUAUCUGCAGAGAGUUCUACAAUAUCCUCUAUUUAGAAGGAAGGAGCUGCAUGAUUGCAUUUGUCUGCUUGGGCCUUGUACUGAAGGACAGAUUUUUCCAAGAAAUGGUGAAACUGCUCCCAAGUGCAUUUAUGGCUUAGCUGAAUGUUCCUCCUGCCUGGAGGAAAUACAAAAAAUAUAAGAUCUACAAAUACAUAAAUAAACAUUGCAAUAUUCUAUGUUGAUAACUGUGAGAGAUAACUAUAUUGCACUCACAAGAGUAUUCAAAUGGUAGGCUUGUCACUUAUCUAGAGUUAUGAUGGUAUCUCUGUUAUCUUCCCAGUAUACAGUAACCAUGUAGCUCAAAACAAAAAAGGGAAGAGAAAUAGUGCAGAGCUUCCAAUAAAUGAACAAUAUUAAUGAAUAUAUUGCACUUACAAAUUUUACAUCAAAUACUGGCACAUUAUGUUUCCAACUAAUUGUAGAGGAUGGCCUCUGUAGCAGGAAACCAGAAAAUUCUUUCUUCAGAUAUUAAAACCUAAGGAUGGUUAAAAAAAAAAAACAAAACAAAAAAACUGCAGGUACUCAGACCAAAUAAAAUUUGCAUUGCUCAGACUUCCACACAGGUCUCUCUCUCUGUCUGCAAAUACAAGUCAUUAAACUUCCUGCUGGUUUUUUAAACCACUUCCGGCGAAUGUGCAGAUGGCCAUAAGCCAAUCUGCAGGAUGCCUCCACAGGUGUUCUCUGUGAUCGCUCCAGUGAGUAUCAAGUCUCGUUUUCAGCAAUACCCUCCAAAAUUAAGGGAAAAGAUUAUGUACCCCAAAAAUUGGAUUUCCGUUUGACCAAAUAAGCAAUUUUCUAGGUGACAAUAAAGACUGUUCUAUAUUAGUGCGUGUAGUACUUGUGUUUUUUUUUUUGUAAGUUAUUUUUAUUUGCUUAGGAAAUAUAGUGAUGUUAAGAGAAUGCAUCAGGAUAUCAUCCAAGUAUACGUUGACCCAAAAAUGGCUGUAAUCUCUGAGGACAUUAAUAAAGUCUUGGACAGCUGGAGGGUUGCACUUAUUGAAAUUAUAUAAAAUGUAUGAUUUAACUGUAUAAUAAUGAUAAUAUUUAGAACCCAGAACAUGCUUGAUAUCUAGCAAAAGCUAAAUAUAUCAGUCUUGGUAAAAUUAUUUUUACACUGUAAUUACAUCUUCCUGUUUUGGUGCACUAAUCAUUUUAAUAGCUCCUGUUUGGCUUCACAAAACAUGAAUUGUUUCAUAAUACCUGCUCUUGGUGUUAAAAGCGGUCUUCCAUUCAUUCUCCUCCUUUAUGCAUACUCCCUAAAGAUCAAGUUUGGUCAUGAUAUAGACACUUUGCAACCUAUCAAACAACUCAGAAAUCAAAAGAAUUGUGUAAUUAUGACAUAUGGUGAUUUCAUUAAGACCCCUUUAAUCUAUACAAGCGUUCAGAUCACUCUCUUUUUCUUGAAACAUAAAAGGCUGCCCCAGCAGGAGAAGGCCUUCAGAUAGAUCCUGUCUCUAAGGCUUCUUUUAUGUACUCCUCCAUUAUUACAUUUUCCUAGGGAAUCUUUCCUUUGGGUGGAACAGUGCCAGGUUUGAAGUCAACUGUACAUUCAUCCAGUCUACAAAGAGCUGCAGGCAUGUUGAUAGCAUAUAUAGGAACACUUUAGUGUUAGGAGUACAAAGCUGCCCCCACAAUAUUCUUCUCCCUCCCCAGCCCCCACCCCAUUGCAAAGAAAGAGUUAAAUAACCCUUUAAACACCCAAUUCUGCCUCCUCCAACAUCAGCGCGAGGUGUACCUAAUACACAUGCGUGGGAAUGCGUGUACAUCAGGCCUUCAAUGCUUCUUAUGGGUGUUUGCUAACCAAGGAAAACCCAACACAACCUGACAAGAUGUAGAUGAGAACUUGAUAUUUGUUCAAUUCUGUAGCAAGCCAAUGGAAAUUUAGAGUAUCAUUCGGUCCUUGGCAGACUUACGGGAUAAGCUAUGAGCAUUGAAUACACAUAGAUACAUGAAAGGCUGUUAUAGACUUCUGGUAAUUAUAUACUAUUUUUUUUUUUUUUUUUGCCUCCCAUUACUGAUAGCCAAAGCUUGGAGCCCUAUCCAUGUGUAGGUUCAUUACAAAGCCAAUUUUAGCACAAUCUAUAGGAAAUGAUCUGGGAGACAUUUCAAUGUAAAAAAACAAUUUGAUUAUUGAAGACCCUACAGGUCUUGGGGUCCUAGCCAUAUCUAGGGGAAGAAUUCAAUGCACUGAAGGACUUUGUAUACUGGAAGAAUCAACCACUACUGGCAUAGUUGGGGGAGAAGCAGUGGUCUGGCUUUUUAGGUAUCAGAUAAGUGGUAUGUGUCAGGAGAAUAUGAAGUGCCUGGGCGAAUUGGUCCAUAUGAUGGCACAACUUCUCAAUCUUAUUGAGCAUAGCCCUGAUGUAAUGUCACAAAUAUUGUACCACACCAUGCAGAACUUGGAUCAAAAUCCGAGAAUACCGUAUAGAACGUAUUUGAACAUUUAAAGUGGCUGGACUAAUGCUUGAAUACAGAAACUAUUUAUAAACUGAUCAAGCAAACGUUUGGGUUAAAGAGAUAUGAAGAAACUGGAAAACUAGCCAAGCUCAGGAUAAUUGAUACUCAGAGUCAAUGAAAAAAGUCUUUACCAGAAGUCAGAAAUCUAAAGAAAAUGCACUAAUCGCAAACCACAACAGGGCAUGGGAUUACGCCAAAAACACUAUUUAAGUGGUUAGGUGAACUUUAAUUCAUCCACAUCAUUUCUACAAUCCAAUAAGGCGCGUGCAGCAUUCUUAUUGCUGCCUGCUCCAGGCUUCUAUACUAUGCGGACCACCCACAUAAGAACACCGUAAUGCCAUAUCGAUCGUGUAGGAUAUAUGACAUCUCCUUUUCCUUGAAUUUAAAAGUUCAGAUUUGGGUCUUUUGGAGUGAUCUUCAUGAGCUGAGAAAGGGGUUUAUGGGAACCGAUGUACAAUGAAACCACAAAGCUAGAGGAGUAAAUUAUGAAAGAACCCAUAACACAAAGAUUGAAAGAUACGACAAAUUAUAAUUUAAGCAUUAUAAUUAUCAUUACACACAAAUAAUAAUGAAACAAGAUGCACAAGAGCAGGAACUGUGGAUAUAUAAGGUACAUAACCAGAACUUGAGGCACGGUUGGAGGUACCAAGAUGCUUAGUUCAUUGAGGUUUGCUGGCAUUUCCUUAUGCACAGCACUCUUAGGGUUCCACCACAGCAUUUCAAUAGAGUUGAGGUCUGGCCUUUGACUUGACUAGGCUUCCCACAAACUCUGGCCCUCCAGAUGUUGCUGAACUACAACUCCCAUGAUUCUCAGCCGAUCUAUUUCAUUCAUAGAAUCAUGGGAGAUGUAGUUCAAGAACAUCUGGAGGGCCAGAGUUUGAGGAAGCCUCGACUAGACCAUUUCAACACCUUGAUUCUUUUCUUUUUCUGCAAUUCAGUUGUAGAUUUGCUGCUGUGCUUUGAACAUUGUCCUGUUGCAUAACCCAAUUUUCUUGGACCAAUGGCAUCACAUUUGACUCUACAAUACUUUGGUAUACAGGGGAUUUUGUGGUCGACUCAAUGACUGCAAGGUUCCCAGGUACUGUGGCUGCAAAACGAGCCCAAAUAAUCACCCCUCCCCCACCGUGCUUGACAGUUGGGAUAAGGUGUUUGUGCUGAUAUGCUGUAUUGGAUUUUCACCAGACGUUUUACUGUGCAUUAUGGCCAAACAUCUUGGUCUGGUCUGUCCAAAGAACAUUGUUCCAGAAGUCGUGUGGUUUGUUCAGAUGUAACCUUGCAAACCUAAGUCAUGCUGCCAUGUUCUUUGUAGAACCAAAAGGCAACCCUUCCAAACAAACCAUACUUGUUUAGUCUCUUUCUAAUUGUGCUGUCAUGAACGUUUAACAUUUAACAUGCUGAGUCAGAGAUGAUGAUGAUUUCUCUGAGCAUUGCAUGGUGUGAUGGGGUGAAUUUGCUGGGAUGUCCACUCCUGGGAAGAUAGGCAACUGUCUUGUAUGUUUUCCACUUUUGAAUAAUCUUUCUCACUGUAGAAUGAUGGACUUUAAAUAGUUUGGAAAUGCCCUUUUAACCCUUCCUAGUUUGAUGGGCAGCAACAAUUCCUUCUCUAAGACCAUGCGGUUAUGGCUCCUCCUUGUCAAUGUGUUUACAAACACCUGACUGAUCCAGACCAUCAAACUGCUAAAACUUUGGCUCUUAUAGAGGUGGGCACAGUUGCUGAUGAUCAAUUAAUCAAAUGCAUUUGAUUAGCAGAACCUGUCUGCUACGUAAUCUCUUAAUUCCUGUGCAGUAAGGGUGCACUUAGUUUUUCACAUAUGCCUUCUCUGUUUUGGCUUGAUUUUUGUUAAAUCAUGACACAAUGGGUGUUGUUACCUAAUUUUAUAACCUGCUGAGGUACAGAUGAUUGGUAUUCUGUCCUGAUAUGUAAAACCAUAGAAUUCAAAGACUGUGUUUUUCUUAUUAUUGGCUAUUUCUUCACUUUAAUUUCUUUCAUGGAAUUUCUGAUGGUUUGAAUUUAAGCCCCAAGGGCAGAGUACAGAAUAUUUAAUAGAGUCCUAACCUCAACAUAUGAGGAAAGGGAUUUAGGGGUGAUUAUUUCUGAUGACUUAAAGGUAGGCAGACAAUGUAAUAGAGCAGCAGGAAAUGCUAGCAGAAUGCUUGGUUGUAUAGGGAGAGGUAUUAGCAGUAGAAAGAGGGAAGUGCUCAUGCCAUUGUACAGAACACUGGUGAGACCUCACUUGGAGUAUUGUACACAGUACUGGAGACCGUAUCUUCAGAAGGAUAUUGAUACCUUAGAGAGGGUUCAAAGAAGGGCUACUAAACUGGUUCAUGGAUUGCGGGAUAAAACUUACCAGGAAAGGUUAAAGGAUCUUAACAUGUAUAGCUUGGAGGAAAGACGAGACAGGGGGGAUAUGAUAGAAACAUUUAAAUAUAUAAAGGGAAUCAACACAGUAAAGGAGGAGACUAUAUUUAAAAGAAGAAAAACUACCACAACAAGAGGACAUAGUCUUAAAUUAGAGGGACAAAGGUUUAAAAAUAUCAGGAAGUAUUACUUUACUGAGAGGGUAGUGGAUGCAUGGAAUAGCCUUCCAGCUGAAGUGGUAGAGGUUAACACAGUAAAGGAGUUUAAGCAUGCGUGGGAUAGGCAUAAGGCUAUCCUAACUAUAAUAUAAGGCUAGGGACUAAUGAAAGUAUUUAGAAAACUGGGCAGACUAGAUGGGCCGAAUGGUUCUUAUCUGCCGUCACAUUCUAUGUUUCUAUAUCCCAGGACUUGUUCAAUUUGUAAUUUUUGAAAUUGAUCUAGCCCUCUUUCUUUGUGCCGCAAUCUUAACGAUUCUAAGAUAUCUGCUCCAUCUUAAAUGUCAUGUUCUGUGACCAUUGUGAGAGUAAUUGCAAUCACAACUGCUGUAAUAUUUGUAUUUAUGUAUUUGUUUGUUGCACACCCCUUCCUCCUAGAUGGAUCGGAUAAACCGAGCAAGAGAGCAGGGAUGGAGAAAUGUGAUUAGCUCAGGAGGAAGUGGAGAAAUGAAGGUAAAACGUGUGAUUUUAUAAUGCUACAUGUAAAUUAUAGUUUACAUUUGCCAUUUCUUGUAGAGGUACCUACAUUCUAUUGCCACAAUAAAACCUUACAUUAUAAUGUUGCUUUACACUUUAAAACUACCAGGAAUAUUCAUUCUGCAAAUGAGCCUUGUCAGUCAGGAGAACAAAUGUGUUCAUUCUAGUGAUCACAAUGCACCCAUGUGGUAGUUGGUUUCAGAAUCAGGUCUUUAAGGCAUAAUGUCUAUUCCAAAAACAUGCCUCGGUUGGAGCCUGAUGUCUGGGACUUUAAUAGAUAAGUUAAAUAAAAUAUAUAAUUUGUUUUAACUAACAAAAGUCCCUAAAAUGGACCUGUGAAACGCUUGGUUUAGAGUUGUUGGUUAUAGAAAGUAACCAUUCCUGACUGUAUGUAAAGGACACAUAACUCUUAGCACCUAGUAAGCACUGUUUUUGAUAGCAUUUGGUGACCUAUAGAAAGUAAUCUUCUCAACGUAAACUGAUCAGCCACAUUAAAAUCACUGACAGUGGAGUGAAUGAUAUUGAUUAUAUUGUUACAGUGGCACCUGUCAAGGGGUGGGAAUUAUUAGGAAGCAAGUAAACAGUCUGUUGUGGAAUUUCAUGUGUUGGAGCAGGGAAAAUGGGAAGAUCUGAGUGACUUUGACAAGGGCCAAUUAGUAAUGGCUAGACGACUGCAUCAGAACAUCUCCAAAAUAACAAGUCUUGUGGGGUGUUCCUAGUGUGCAGUGGUUGGUACAUACCAAAAGUGGUGCAAGCAAGGGUAGCUGGUGAACUGGCAUGAGGGUCUUGAGCACCUAAGGCUCACUGAUUACGUGAGGAGUGAAGGUUAGUCCAUCUGGUCUAAUUACACAGAAGAGCUACCAUAGUUCAAAUUGCUGAAAACUUAAUGCUUGUCAUGAUCGAAAAGUGUCAGAACACACCGUGCAUAGCAGAUUGCUGUGUAUGCGGCUGCGUAGCCGCAGAGCAGUCAGUGCACAUGAAUAUUCCUCUCCACUGCCGAAAGCACCUUCAAUUAAGAGGCAAGUGUCAGAACUGGACCGUGGAUCAAUGGUAGAAAGCUGCCUGUGUCGAUUAAUGUUUUCUUUUAGAUCAGAUGGCUGAGAAGAGAUAUCAGCCAGAUGCACUAUGGGAAACAUUGUCUGCAAAAAAAAAAAACAAGAGUAGUGCACACACUAAAAAAGGGGGAAUACUUCCUGCAGCGUGUUCCAGAAAGGUAGGGCCAAUCCCCAAAGACCUCAAAUGGGGUGGUGGAGGGGGGAGGGAGAGAGAAAGAGCUAUCCAGGCACACCUGAGGUUUCUUCUAAAAGGCAGUCCUUUUUUUUUUUUUUUUUAACAAGGAAGUGGAGACUUUUCUUUUGGAGAAGAAGGCAGUCUGACGCAGGCAGGUUUAUGCUCUGGACAAUGUUCUGCUGAAAAACCUUGGGUUCUGGCAUUCAAGUGGAUGUUAGUUUGAUACAUGCCACCUACCUAGAGAAUGUUGCACCCCUUUAUGGCAAUGGUGUUCCCUGAUGGCAGAGGCCUCUUUCAGCACGAUAAUGCUCCCUGCCACACAACAAAAAUUGUUCAGGGAUGCUUUGAGGAACAUGACAAAAAGUUUAAGAUGUUGCCUUGGCCUCCAAAUCCCUUAGACCUUAAUGUGAUUGAACAUCUGUGGGAUGUGCUGGAACAACAAAUCCUAUUGAUGGAGGCCUCACCUAGCAAAUUGCAGGACUUAAAAGAUCUGCUCCUAAUGUUUUGGUGCCAGAUACCACAGGACAUGUUCAGAGGUCUUGUGGAGUCCAUGCCUCAAUGCAUCAGAGCUAUUUUGGCAGCACGAGGAGGACCUACACAAUAUUAGACAAGUGGUCUUAAUGUUGUGGCUAAUCAGUGUAAAGUAAUAAAAUCAAAUGCCCUACUCAAGCCUUAUAACCCUCAUGCUCCACAAGAGUCUGACCCCAAUCACAAAUCACAUCCCAUCUUUUUAUUUGUAUACUUGGUUUACACUAACUUCAUUUUUUUAAGUUUUUACUCAACUUUGCCUUCCAUAUGCCAUAUACAACCUUUCUCCAUUUUUCACUUCCUAAUCCAAUAUUCUUAACAUCGGUUUUAUCCCCUAGUCCCCAAUCUUGCUUCUUCCAACCAUAUAUCCCCAAUCUGAAACCAAACACAAUCAUUACCCUCAUUCCAAUUAACUACCACAGCUUUACUGUUUUAUAUCCAUAAUUCCACAUCAUUUCCCCACUUUAUCAUCUUAAUCCUACCUACCUUUGCAUUAAACCAAUCUAAUGCCCUACUCCAGCUUUUGCUCAUUUCAAAAAGAAAUCACAAUAUAUUUUUUUUGUUUUUGUUUUUGUUUUUGUUUCGACAUUCCACAGUAGCCACUGACCUUGUGCAUUAAAAAUAAUAAUUUAAAAACACUUAAAACCUCAUGUGGUUUAAAAAAUAAAUAAAUUAAUAUAUAUCAAAUUUUGGAAGCUUGGCACUCCAAGAGGGCUGCACUCACCUGAACAUGCAUACGUUAUAGGGUGCUGCUGGGGCCAAAAUACACAAUCCAUCACACUCUCUUAUUCACUAAACAAUGAUUUUAAAUCUUACAGAUUGUAAUAGUUUUUAUUUAAAAACAUCUCACCUAGGCAAAAAAUAAUGGGGGUUUAGUUACAUUAUAUUUAGAUCAUACAUCGCAUAAGCCUGCCACAACGUCAAUGUACCCCAUUCUUGGCAGGUCCUACUCUAGCAACCUAAUGCUUGCUCUUAUGAAAUUAAUCCACUUACUUUGGAAAUACUUCCUUACUGGGACUCUCUGCAACUCAAGGCUAAAUAGGGCCCUGGAAUGAGGCACAUGUGACAGGGAGGGGUGCAAAACCAAGGGUGAUGUUCUGGAAGGCUUAUGCAAUAUAUGAUCAUAUAAUGUAACUAAACCCCCAUCUUUUUUUGCCUAGGUGAGGUGUUUUUACAUAAAACUAUUACAAUCUCUAAGAUUUGAAAUCAUUGUUUAGUGAAUAAGCAAGUGCGCUGCAUUGUGUAUUUUGUAUAUUUUGGCCACAGUAGCACCCUAUAAUGUAUGCAUGUCCAGGCGAGUGCCGACCUCUUGGUUUUCAUUUAUAUAUUUGGGAGUCCAGGCACCUCACCUCACCUUGGCUGUGCUAGUGAAGCAAAAAACUAAAAUUUUCCCCACCAUACCUUUUUUGGUUUUUGCUUGCCAAGCCGCACUAGACAACCAGUAACUAACCUCAUGCUGCUGAUUUGCAUUAACAAUGAAACAGCUGUCCAUGAGUGAUUCACUGGCUUUGCAUCUUUUCUUCAGUUGUGUUUCAAAGCUGUUAUAUACAGUAAACACAGACGCAAAGUAAUCCAUGUUUAAGAUGGAAUGAGGCAAAUAUUUAAUUCUUUGUUGAACUAAUUUGCAUAUGCCCACCCAGAAUCCUUUGCGGUAGUAACAUCACUGCAAAUUUGUGAUUCCUGUGGGAAAAGCAAGUCUUAUGGCUGGACUGGUGUGCAGAUUUCUGUUUUAACAUUGUAUUAACUAUACAUAUAUCUUGUAUAUAGAUUUAUUUAUGCACUAUUUGUUGCUUUCUUAGGCUGAUGAAUUAGUUACAAAGAGAACUCUAACCAUUUCUUUCAAAUCCAUUAAUGAUCUUAUUUCAGAUAUGAGGAAGAAACCUUACUUCUUCAUAUCUGAUGUUUAUUCAAAUAUCCGUUUGUGUUUUCCUACACAAAUACACUUCGCAACAAGUUAUCUUUUUUUUUUUUGUAUUUUCACUGCCAACUGACUUGCUACUUAUGAUUUCUGUGACUUAUGAUUUCACUCCAGUAUGAAGAUUUCAAUUUAGAGCUUGCUUACUUGCAUAUCACAUGCAUCGUAGAUCUAGUUUAUAACUAUCAUACUCUAUUGUGGUUUUGGGUUUUUUUAGCUUAAAGGACCACUCUAGGCACCCAGACCACUUCAGCUUAAUGAAGGGUCUGGGUGCCAGGUCCAGCUAGGGUUAACCCAUGUUUUUAUAAACCUAGCAGUUUCAGAGAAACUGCUAGGUUUAUAAAUAGGUUAAUCCAGCCUCUAAAGCCUCUAGUGGCUGUCUCACUGACAGCCACUAGAGGCGUUUGCGUGCUUCUCACUGUGAAAAUCACAGUGAGAAGACGCCAGCGUCCAUAGGAAAGCAUUAUGAAUGCUUUCCUAUGAGACUGGCUGGCUGCGCGCGCAGCUCCUGCCGCGCAUGCACAUUCAGCCGGAGAGGAGGAAGAGAGCUCCCCACUCGGCGCUGAGGAAAGAGGUAAGUUUAACCCCUUCCUCUCCCCAGUGGUCCUUUAACUUGUAUUAGAAUAGUAAUUCAAAACCCUAAUAACUCUUAUAACAGUGUAUGAGGCUUGUGGAAUGGAGUCAAAGGCAGCAAGCACCUUCCUCCAUGCCUCAAAUGUGGACAGAGUCUUUCUUAAAAUAUCACACUUUAACUUGUGAUGGAUGGAUGUUUGCACGAAACACAUUAUUUUAGGUUUCUAUAACUAGUAGCAUUAUUUUGAGAUUCGGAAUGUUGUUGAGAGGUACAAUAAACCGAGGUGUAGCUGACUUUAUGCAUUUUUGAGAGCUGCUUGCUCUAAGUAAUAUUCUCGAUAACCUGUGUUGCUUUCUUAGGCAUUUUGUUUUGGUGGUGGUGGAGGAGGUGGUGGUGGUGGAGGUGCUCCACCACAGGCUGUGGCUCGAGUAUCCUACGAACAUUAUCAUUCCUUACUUGACCAGAUGCAGAAGCAGAAAGAACACAUUAAAGCAGUAGAAGAAAGAGAUGCCAAGUUGAAAGCCAGUAGUGAGUCCUCUGACCAGGCUAGCAGGUACAAGCUUCUGGGCUUGCUAUGUGUUCAGUGUUAACUGUUCCCAAUAACCGGUUGAUUGACUACUUCAUUUUUACCUAAAGAGUUGCAGUGAAACCAGAGGCUCCCAAUGGCCCUUCUCCUCGCAUAGCCUUUCCUGAUGGUGAUGCCAUAAAGAAAGAAUUGAAGAGGUUGGAGGAGGUUUCAAAACAAGCAAUUGCAAAUAAGUAAGUACUCCAUUUUAUAACCUGUAAUUCUUACAUUUAUAGUCCACAUCCUUUUCACCUUCAAUAUCACCCAAGUAUCAUUACAAUAAUGCCUAAAUGCAAGUAUGGUUAUUUCUAUGUUUUUGCCCUUGUGUGUAGGCAUAGAGGACAUGCUGCUGCAGAAAAUGCCAGGCAGGUGGAAGAGUUUUGGCAAAGGAAGAGAGAAGCAAUGGAAAACAAAGCUCGUGCUCAGGGAAAUAUGGUAUAGAAUUCAUUACACUUUAUAUUCUGAUGUUAGAACAUAACUGUAAUAUGUUCACUACCCAGUUAUCUGACUAGUGAAAUCUUUGAUUAUAACAACUACCUUAGAGCUAUCAUUGCAGAAAACAUCAUUGAACCUAUUCAUUCAACUACACCUUUUCAGGCCUGAAAGCAUUAGGUUUGGAGUUAGAGGAAAAUGGACAUUGAUAGAGUGUUUUUCAGUUGUUUGAUUUGUAGAUUUGCCUGUGGUGUUCUUGGCAAAAAUGCAUAAAAGGAGAUGUAUUGACCAUUUCUAAAAUUGGUAGUUAAAAUGAUUUGCUGCAUCACUUCGGAGAACUAGCUAUUGGUCUUCACUCACAUCAUAGUAUUUAGGUGCUUUAAUCUUUAUUAUUGAAAUGGUUUCUAUUACUUACAGAGUUUAUUCACUAAAGUAAGAAAUUAAAACCAAAGAAGCCAAACUGAAAGCAUAGCUGAUUUAGAGAAUGCUUCUAGUUCAGUUUUUUGGACCUUUAAUUUGACAUUCACUUUGUAUGCACACUUUAGUAAAUAAUCUUGCUAAUGCCUAGGAGGUUCUAUAUUGCUUCUAACAGCAGUGUUUGCUUAUUUAUACUUCACAUUGCAAUGUGGCAAUUAAAUGUCCAUAAUAUGUUUUUUUUUUUAUAUUUUCUAGUCUUUUUGGGUAAACAUUGCUUAAAAUUCUAAGGCUCAUUUUAAUGGCUUGAAUAUAGCUGGAUUGCAUUUCUAUUUAAAUUAACAUGUAAAAUGUUUACCGAAUAUUCUAAUUCUUCUAAUUGAAUUAUCUUUUUAAAAAAAACAAAACAAUUUUUUUUUUUUUUUUUUUAAAUUAUAAGCUAGAGACAUUGAUACUUAAAACUGUAAAUUGAUGGUCGGUUAGGAAUGGCUAACCUGGCAGCCCACAUUUUUGUGAACCACCUUUUUCAUGAUGCUCAACCAAUCUAAAUGCUUCCCGAUCGUAGAAAAUGUAAUUCACAACUGUAGGGCCUUCCAGGUUGCCCAUCCCUCAGAUAAGGAAUAUAAAACCUAACUGCUGUAUACAUUGAUCAUAUUCAUUUAUCAUUCAUAAUAACUGUUCCUCAUGUGCUAUAUGAUUUCAUCAGUGCUUCCCUUUUGGUCUAACUACCAAUGCCCAUAACAAUGCUAUUGUAUCGACAAGCUGAUCAAUAUACGUGUACAUGUUUGUCCAAACCUUUAUUCUACCAUAGAAUCAGUGCGUUCUGAACGAUGUUGUGCGAGUCCUCUUACUUUUUUUUUUCUUUCUGAUUGUCACACCUUCUUUGUCUUAAUCAACUGUUCUUAAUGUUUGACAGUUUUAGUUUACCCCAAAUUACCUCGGAGUAAGCAUGCAAACUUUUUUCAAAGUGACUAUCAUGAAAAUGUCUCGUGCUCUGUAACAUGGUGCAUCAUCAACCUAAAAUUGUUCCCAAUUCCAUUAAAUGAAACUUUAUUGCUAAUGUCACACCACACAGUGGUACGUAGACAGUUUGGGGGUCAGUGAUAUAUGCAGUGAAAUGGUUGAUUUUUGCAGGCCUAUAUACUUUGUUGUAGCCCCCACAAUUCUUACACUUGAUACAUUAAAUGGUGAACAGGAUGCACUGUGCAACUUGACAGCUAUCUAUGGAGGCAGGCCAAAUUCUGCAGGAGGAGGCAAGUCUCGAAACAAAGAAGAACAGGUAGGAUUCCUGUAUGCAUGAGCCCGGCCACCAUGUUUCUGGCAUCUCUUACUAUUCCCACAUCUGUCAUGCAUGGUUGCUAUGUAUUUAACAAAGGUGCUACAGGAAAGAUUUGAGGGACCCCAUAAGCAAUCUUGUAUGUUACCUGCCUGCCUCCUUACUUGCCAAUAACAAUACUAACUAGGGAAAGUGCUUGCUGUAACUAUUCCUGCUCAUCUCUUUCCCUCCAGUUCCAUGCUGUCUGUCCUAGUUAUGUACUUGAUUUGUGUAUCUUCUACUUUUGUUUUAACGCUCCAUUUCAAACAUGACCUGUAUUAUGUGGAAAGCAUUGUAAGCUCCAUGUGCUGUAUAACAUACUUUAUUU